CGUAUGUAGUUUCGGUGCUGAAUUUGAAUCUGCGGGGCAGUUUUCGGAUCGUGCUUUGAGCAGUUCCGGUAUCAGAGGAUACGCUGUCGGCUCAUAUACUGUUUUCAGUCAUAAGUCCUUUACAAUGGAUGCUGGUGGGGAAGUCACCCUCCUAGCUGAUGAAAAAUUUGACUUUGAUAUUUCGCUCUCUCCUUCAAGUGCACAUGAUGAUGAUGAAGUAUUUAUUGGGCCUAUUAGACAUAAGGAAAGGUGUGUGAGUGUUGCCAUAAAAAGUCCAGAGUCAGAAGAAAAUUCACCACCUGGAAUCAAGGACCCAGUAACAUGGAGUCCUCUUAGUGGAGAUAAGUUUGUUGAGAUCUUUAAAGAAGCCCAUCUGUUAGCCCUGCAACUGGAAUGUUUUUCAUCUGAUGGACAAAAGAAAGAACCACUAGCAACAGAGAAAAAUGAAACUGUAGAGAAGUUUGUUCAGGAGUCAAAAUCCAAGCUAAAUAUCCUUGACAAUGUUAAUGACUGCGUUAAAACCCCCGUUGCCCUUAAGCGUGAAACUUAUUGUGUGCAGGAUAGCCCUUUCAAUCAGCUGCCACCUUCAAUUCAGCAACGAUUUGCUGCGCCUUGCAUGGGUGAUGAAAAGAAGUCUGAUAUGGAAAGUCCAAAGCGCACAGGCCCCAUGCCCAAAUGUGCCAAACAGCUUGCAGUUUCACCACUUGCACAAAAGACUAAAACAUCUCAGUUGAAAAAUACUGGAGCACGUGGAAAUGCAGAAAAGCCAACAGGAAGCCGACUGCAGGCUUUGAAGGUACCUGGAGCACAAGCUAAAAAUAAUCGAUUGACAGUGGAAAAGCCUAAAGCAGUCAAGAAGCUCAGUCCCGUUAGACGGAAACCUCUCAACAGUUCAGGCUCAACUGAAGAUUUACUGUCUGAUAAAUCCAGUGUUGCAUCAGAUGUCAGUGAUUCUUCAUUCAAUAGCAGUACUGUAGGGAAGAACAAAAGAACUCUGCCUGCGCCAAAGCCUGGUCUAAAGAAACCACAGUUCAAACAACCAUCAACUGGUCUUACUUUUAGAAAGCACACUUCUUCAUCAUCCUCUUCACAUUCCAGUAUGAACUCCAGCUUAAAUUCAAGUCUCUCAUUCUCUCCAACUGGUGGCAAUGCUAAACAGAGUGCCUCACUGAAUACAUCAGUAAGCAGUUCGAGACUAACCAAUCCAAGCAGACUUGCGCUAAUUCGUCCUACUACUGGAUCCACAUCUUUGAAAACCAGUAGCACUGGCUUAUUGGGUAACCAGCCAAAGCCGAACGGUACAGCAAAGGUUUCUACUAUUGCAAACAGCAGCAAACCCUCGGUGUCUGUGGUUAAGCCGCAGACACCAGCUGGCAAAAUGCAGAAGCAAAUUUCAGCUCCUAAUCUGCACAGGCCCACACAGAAUAAACCAGAAAGUGCUGUCAAGGGAGUAUCCAGCACUAAACCUCAGGCAAGGGUUAUGCCUACUCCUACAACUCGGCUAAAGCUUCCUCAGAAGCCUGGAGGUGCAUCACCUGAUUGCGCUGUAGUGAAGCCCCUGCAACCAACGAGGCUGAUGUCUUGCGGUGAAAUUGGAAGUGGCAUUGCAGAAAGCACUCCCAUGAGACCAACACAAACUGCUCUUCAAAAUCCCAGCUUCAGUGCAAGAUCCAUACCUGCAACUCCUGGUGGAGGACGCCUGUCUGCAUUACCUACUCCUUUGGGUAGAAGGACCUCUGGAAUUCCAACAACCACACCCAAAACUAUCCCAAGAACCUUUUCUGCUCUUCGCCCUUCAUUAGGUUUACAGGCCUCUAGUAAAGCUAUUAAGAAGCCUCUUGUUUCUAGGUCAGCUGCAACUGAAGGAAGUAAUACUGGGGUGGUUAAAAGUCCCUGUUCUUCCUGUGAAGAAGAGAAUGUUGAUGCUUCAUCUGUUGCUGUAGCGUGUUCCUUGAAUUUCUCUCCCGAAGAGAAAAACAAUUUAGUUGACUUUGGUGAAAUAGAAAAACCAGUGGCAUUUCCUCAAAGCACAGAGGGUUUGCUGAUUGACAUUGAAGCCGGAAGUGAUAGUAAAGUACGUAAACCUUCAUCCAUAGGAAGCGAUAGUCAGCCUCUCAUUGAUCUUUCCAACACACCUGACUUUAACAAAAAGUUAAUGCCAUUUAAAGCAGUACAAACUGGUCAGCUAAUAGAUUUCGGUUCUCCUUUGAUUAUGCUGAGCCCCACUGUGAACAAGGAAAACAUGGCUGUAAAUUCUCCUCUGCUGAUGUUUUAAGCAUUUUCCUCCUCUUUGUUUCAAGCUAUUUUAUAUUUUUGUUUCUGUAAAACAAAUUAACUUUUCCUUUACAUGCAUUAAGAUUUGCAAAAGAUCAUUUUUUAAAUUGUGUUAAAUAUUACCUGGAAGUCUAGUGGACUGUUUAAAGUCUUCACCUCUUUCUGCACCCAGUACUGGAGGUUCAGCUAUGGAGUUGGUUGUUUUGGUGACAAAUCUUCUCUGGACUGCACAUGAAAAGCCCACAAGUGAAUUCACAGAUAUUGUAGAUGGAAGCGAUACACUCCAGAUUGAGUUUGAGAAACAAGGGCUGUGUGGAAACUAAAUAUUUUAAGACUGGUACCUGCUAAAGUGAGACUCAAAUUAUAUAAUAUGUGCUACACGAAGGCACUGUGGCCUGCAGUUAAUUAUACUUGUACAUAAGACUUAUUUUGUUCUCCUGCCAUAUAACAUUUCUGUACAAACAAUUUUAAGAUGGCUGAGGAGAUGCAUGUAUUUUUUUUCUGUUUAAAUGAAAGCUUCUCCUGUUUCACAAUGAAGACAAUUUCCUUUUAUCACCAUGAUGGAGAAUGUGAGGAAAAUGCAUAAGGGGUUGCUGUGGGAAAAAAGUGAGCCCGUCUUCCUUUUUUUUUUUUUUUUUAAUGUAAAUGUUAAAAAUGGGGUACGUCAGGACCUAAAAUAUUUAUCCAAGGUGGGGAAAAAAAAGUCUAAAAAAAAAGUAAAAAAACAAGUUUUACAUAAAAUGUUACCAAAAAAUAAUCUGUCCUUGAAUUGUACAUUUUAAUGAUGUGUUUAAUGAUCUUGUAUAAUUGUAUAAUUAAAGAUAUUUAACAUAA